ACAAAUACAGAAAGGUCUGACAAAUAAAUGCUUGGUUUUAGUCAUCAUUAUUUAGUGUAAAGAAAACAAACAAUUUUGUAAUUUGAAGGGAGAGAAUCCUAAAUAAAACCGGAAGUGAAAUGACGUGGAAUGUUUACAUCAAUGGUUUACAUGGAAGUCCUAAAUAAAUUUGUUAUAAAAAUAUUAAAAGGUCGAUUUCUUAAUCGCAGGUAAAUAAUGCUUGUGUAGGAUAAGUGUUAUACCUCAUUUAUUUUCUGAACCUCAUUUUGAGAAAAGUGUGACUGUGUACUGUGGCCGAGUAGCUGAAACGUGUUUAUUAUUUUUAGAUAUUGAAUUGUGAUGCUUUCACUCUCAGAAUUCCUGACAAGAAAUAGAAUGACUGGUCAUUUCCGUAGUAGUGUUUGGGACCCUCUUCUAAUCGUGUCACAGAUUAUCUCUAUGCAGGCAAUAUAUUAUCUUUCUCUUGGAUUCUGGAUUUUUUUAUUGGACCAAAUUGCAGUAUUUGACCUGUCAGUGGAACAAAUGUUUACAAUGAAUGAUUUGGGAUUAUCUGAAGACAGUGGUAGAACUAAUGUCAUAGCAUUUGCCCUGAAUAGUUUGACAACUGCUUUUGGUAUAUGGCUCGUUGUUGGAAGAACAAAGCAGUGUUUAGAUUUCUCUGUAACAAUUCUUGUCUUCCAUUUUAUUGGAAGCUGGAUCUACAAUGCACAUGUUCCCCAAACAUUUUGGUGGUGGCUAACGAACAGUGUUUCCUUGGUAUUUAUGACAGUUUUAGGAGAAUUUCUGUGUAUGAGAAGUGAACUUAAAGCCAUUCCAGUGUUAGGCACUAAAGUGGAUUUGUAAAGCGACACCAGUGAUGAAAAUAUGUGGCGAUAACCGACCUAAAGACAAUUAUGUAAUUUGGUGAAGAUCAAAGCACCAAUUACAAACUUUGAAAUACAAACUAAUUUCUUUUACGUAAAGUAGAUUUAUACAGUAACACCAGUGUUGAAAAUGUGUUACAAACAUUGAAAUUCGAACUAAUUUCUUUUACUCUUUGUUGUAAAGUAGAUUUAUAAAGCGACACCAGUGUUGAAAAUUUGCCACGAGAACUGAGCGAAAGACAAUUAAAUAAUUGGGAGAAGAUUAUAGACUCAAUUACAAACUUUAAAAUUUGAACUAAUUUCUUUUACUCUUUGUUGUUAUGUAUUUAUUUAGAAAAGACUAAUAUUUAUGUAUUAAAAUUAACCCAAAUUAA